ACUGGUCUAAGAUUACCGACAGGCAGGAACUAGAGACACAGUUUGGCAGUCCCUCUCCCUCGCUGUCUGAAACAUCCAGCUUUCUCUCUCUCUCUCUCUCUCGUUUGCUGCAGGUCCGCUUCCUCUGGAAGCCUCUGGGUUGUGGGUUUGGGUGUGCAGAGCUUCAAGAGGGACACAUUUUGUUAUAUUUGAGAGGCUGUGGAAAACGGGGACAGAGAAACUGAAUGGGUUGCUAUGGUAACUGACACUGGCAGGGAGCCCCCGGAAAACUGGAUCGUGAAUGGGGGACAGCUCCUGUGGCGGGCAAACUAAGUAACGGAGAGACGGGAGGGUUCGGCUUGAGGAUGGAGGACGGGUUUUCAGGCUACAGCAGCCUCUACGACACCUCCUCGCUGCUGCAGUUCUGCACUGAUGACAGUGCCUCUGCAGCCAGCAGCAUGGAGAUGACGGAUCGAAUCGCCUCUCUGGAGCAGCGUGUACAGAUGCAGGAGGAUGAGAUUCAGCUGCUCAAGUCAGCACUGGCUGAUGUAGUCCGACGUUUGAAUGUUUCUGAAGAGCAACAGGCCAUGCUGAAUAGGAAGGGACCUACCAAAGCAAGACCUAUAGUGCAAGCCCUGCCAUUAAGGCCUACAGUCAACAAUGGAACUGUACUACCAAAGAAGGGAUGUGGAUCUCUGCCAUCUCCAUCUGGAGUCAGGAAGGAUAUAACACCAGCAACCAAAAGUUCUGUGAAGAGAAGCACCUCUUCUGAGCGAGUGUCAUCUGUUGCACGUAGAGAAAGCUUUGGAGAGUCCAAGAACAGCAGGACCCGCACUGGCUCAACUAGCAGUGGUUCCAGUGGGAAAAAAACCAGUGACAGCAAGCCCAAGGAUCCUCUCUUUAAUGCAGAGGAAGGAUAUGUAAAAAUGUUCCUGCGUGGACGUCCAAUCACCAUGUAUAUGCCCCAAGUUAUUAAGGAAACCUACAGUUUGGAAGAUAAAGGUGAACUUCCAGCCAAAAAGCUGAAGCUAGACUGGGUUUAUGGUUAUCGAGGUCGGGAUUGCCGCUGUAACCUUUAUCUUCUGCCAACGGGUGAGAUUGUGUAUUUCAUUGCUUCUGUGGUUGUAUUAUACAAUGUAGAGGAACAACUUCAGAGACAUUACACCGGCCACAAUGAUGAUGUCAAGUGCCUUGCAGUUCACCCUGACAGGAUCACCAUAGCAACUGGUCAGGUAGCAGGGAUAACCAAGGAUGGAAAUCAAGCCGCCCCACAUGUUCGAAUCUGGGACUCUGUUAGUCUGAAUACACUGCACACGAUUGGAACAGGGUUCUUUGAUCGGUCAGUCACCUGUAUUGCCUUCUCAAAAUCAAAUGGAGGGUGUACCUUGUGCGCAGUGGAUGAUUCUAAUGACCAUGUCCUUUCAGUAUGGGAUUGGCAGAAAGUUGAGAGACUUGGUGAUAUUAAGUGUUCAAAUGAACCAGUCUUUGCAGCAGAUUUCCAUCCAACAGAGACCAAUGUUAUUGUUACCUGUGGAAAAUCACACAUUUACUUUUGGAUGCUCGAAGGAGGAUCUUUCACAAAGAAACAAGGAUUGUUUGAGAAACAUGAGAAACCAAAGUUUGUGCUGUGUGCGACCUUUGCUGAGAAUGGUGAUACAAUAACUGGGGAUUCGAGUGGAAAUAUUCUAGUCUGGGGAAAAGGUACCAACCGCAUUAGCUAUGCUAUUCAGGGGGCCCAUGAAGGGGGUAUAUUUGCACUUUGCAUGCUGCGUGAUGGCACUCUCGUAUCAGGUGGUGGAAAAGAUCGGAAGUUAAUCUCCUGGGACCGCAAUUACCAGAAACUCCAAGAAACUGAGGUUCCUGAGCAGUUUGGUCCAGUGAGGACAGUGACUAAAGGAAGGGGAGAAGUAUUGUUAAUUGGCACAACAAGGAAUUUCAUUCUACAAGGCACUUUAUUUGGAGACUUUCACCCUAUCACCCAGGGUCACACAGAUGAACUAUGGGGUUUGGCCAGUCAUCCAAAUAAGGAACAGUUCCUAACAUGUGGACAUGACAAACAUAUCACUCUAUGGGAUGCUGUCACCCAUCAGACCAUAUGGAGCAAAAUCAUAGAGGACCCAGCUCAGUCUGCUGGCUUUCACCCAUCAGGAUGUGUUGUUGCUAUAGGAACUCAAACUGGAAGGUGGUUAGUUCUGGAUACAGAGUCAAAGGAUCUGGUGACCGUUCACACAGAUGGAAAUGAACAGCUCUCAGUCAUGCGUUAUUCACCAGAGGGAAAUUACUUAGCAAUUGGAUCCCAUGAUAAUUAUAUUUACAUCUACACAGUUAAUGAAAAUGGCAGAAAAUACAGCCGAGUUGGUAAAUGCUCAGGUCACUCAAGUUUUAUCACACAUCUUGACUGGUCAACUGACUCACAGUAUUUAAUGUCUAAUUCGGGAGACUAUGAGAUCUUGUAUUGGAUGCCAUCAGUCUGCAAGCAAGUGGUGAGUGUUGAGCAGGUCAGGGAUGUUGAGUGGGCCACUUAUACCUGCACAUUAGGAUUUCAUGUUUUUGGAGUCUGGCCUGAAGGAUCAGAUGGAACUGACAUCAAUGCUGUGUGUAGAUCCAACGAUAAAAAACUUUUGUCUACAGGUGAUGACUUUGGCAAAGUGCAUCUGUUUUCAUGUCCAUGUUCACAAGCCAGGGCUCCGAGUCACACGUAUGGAGGACACAGCAGUCAUGUAACCAGUGUAAACUUUCUGCACGAUGACAGUCAGCUGAUCUCCACUGGAGGGAAGGACAUGAGUGUCAUGCAAUGGAAGGUCAUUUAAACUGGCCUCCUGCCAUGAAAUUUGCUUGGUUGUCACAGCAAAUAUUACACAUGGGAUGAUUUUUUGCCAGAAGUUUAAACUGCAACAAAAAAGCAAGAGAAGUUCCUGCACUUUUACAGGCCAUGAUUUGGCAUUUCUGUUAAAUGUCAAAAGAUUUUAUUUAAACCUCAGGAAAAUCAUGCCUCUGCAAGGUUACUGAUGCAUUGUGUGUGGUACAUGAUUGUUGAACAGUUCUGACAGUCACUUCAGAAAAUAGACUUGCUCCUGGUCUCUACAGGCUUCAAUAUGUUUCUCUGUGGUGAAGUGAGGGUAAUGUACAGUAUUGUUUAUAUGUUUACCCUAACAAAAUAUCUGUAAACACAACCUUUAAUUUUGUGAAGUUAAAAUAAGCUUUAAUGAACUGUUUACCAUCAAUACUGUAUGCACUAAAUUCCUUGUAUUGACACAAGCUUUGUGUAUAAUGUGUCUUAAAUUUAUGUCGCAGUCUGUUUUGUAUUUGAUUGUCAAUCUGUUCCUGAAGCAUGGUGAGAGUUGACUUCCAGUUGUCACGUUGGUGGAAGCUGCUGCAUAUUUUCUUCCCCCUUCCCUUGAAAGGAGCUGUUGUCUUGAGGACAGUUACAAUGUAACUGCAGAACCACUGACUAAUGCACUCUAAGCCUGCAGAGGCAGUUCACAGAGAGAAAAAACCUGCACAUCUAUGACUGUGCAACUUCUACUCCAUCCCUAUCCGCCACCCCCCCCCGCCCCCAACCCAGCAAUAUGGUGUUUGCAUAGAUAUUUUCCCAUUGUGAGGACAAAAAGAGGAAAGGUAUUAGGUAGGGCUGGUGAUAUAGCUCGCACUUUCAGCAAAGUUGAAAUAUGCGGUUUACAUUUGGAAUGUAUGUAGAGAUUUUUAAAAAUGAAAGUUAUUGGUACAUUCUUUAACAUUAAGGUUCAAAGACUUGUUUUGUGACUGACCGUCAAUAAAUUAAAGUUGCUGAAAGGUAUCAAUGUGAAUAGGUGUCUGUGCACUUUUUCCCCAUCUCUGACCUAUUUGAGAUCAACAAUGUUAAAAAUGUAUUCUGGACAAAACAUAUAUUGCUUUAAUGUAGCCAUAUUUUGGAAAUAACAUGAACAAAUAGAAAUGCAACACAGUUCAAAUUGUAUAUUUACAUCCAGUUUUUAUAAAUGUGAAACCUGACUCCAUGUACUUUUAUCAAAGGAUGGAAUAUAAAUGAAGAAGAGGUAAUAUCUAACCAUGAAGUCCUGGGCUACACCUAAGAGUACCACACAGGGGUGGGAGAAGAAUCACUGGACAUGAUAUAAUAUUUAUAAUGUAACAGCCUUGAAGGGUCAAUGUAGCUUGGAUUAAAAAAUAGUUUCAGGACAGUGAA